AUGGCAAUACGCCGCUGCCUGACCAGCUCGUUCAGGCUUUUCUUCACGUGGCGACGUGCGAUCGCAGUGCAAGUCGUACUGAUCGCAUCACUUGUUGCCGCUAACACGUUGAUGCCCGAAAAGCGCGUCACCCUUCAACAAGCUCUAACCGUAUUUCGUCGCCUAACACAACGCUCUACAGAAGCGAUCCGAUCAAACAGCAGAAUGGCAUGGCGAUGUAGCGGCAACACCAACGAGGAACUCGUACGAAAUCUUGAAAGAGGAGGUAUUUUCUCAUCGACACGUGUCCGUGAAGCUAUGUUAGCAGUAGAUCGUGGCGAUUUCUCACCUCGAUCACCAUAUAUGGAUCAGCCACAAGGCAUUGGAUGGAAUGCUACAAUUUCCGCACCUCAUAUGCAUGCUGCCGCAUUGGAAUACCUGAAAAAUCAUCUAGUGGAUGGAGCAUAUGCACUGGAUGUCGGCUCAGGAUCUGGCUAUCUGACAGUUUGUAUGGCACUUAUGAUCGGUAACAACGGGAAAGUGGUAGGCAUCGAUCACAUUCCCGAAUUGGUAGAAUUAGCGAAAACGAAUACAAUGAAGCACCAUGCCAAUCUCAUCAACAAUGGACAAGUACGUUUUGUUGAGGGUGAUGGUCGCAAAGGAUAUCCCUUGGAUCGCAAAUAUGACGCUAUACAUGUAGGCGCUGCAGCUGAAACGAUACCACAACCGCUGAUCGAUCAGCUCGCUGAAGGCGGACGAAUGCUAAUUCCCGUUGGAAAGGAAAGCGGCAAUCAGGUUUUCCUACAAGUCGACAAGAACGAUGGAGAGGUUACCCAGAAAGUCAUCGAACACGUGAUCUACGUACCGUUAACCAGCAAAGCACAUCAGCUAGGUCGUUAUGACCUAUAG